AUGAAAUACUUCUCCUCCAGGACGAAGGCUGCUUUUACCCCUAUUAAUAAAGAUAUAUCUAAGCCGGUUUACGGCGAAGGGUCUGGGCUGGACUGUAGGCGCCACGUCCAAAAAUUAAACUUGCUGCAGGGAGAGGUGGAGGAAGCACUUAGCUGGACAUCUCGGUGCAUAGAAAAAUCUGUAGAUGACAACAAGCAUAUAGCAGCAGUCCAGUGGGAAGACAGUUUGGUCCGGCAGGAAGGAAAGGCAGAAGGCAGUCGCUGGAGUAAAUAUCUGGACCAGGGCAGUGAAACUCUGGAAGAUGAAGAGGAGAAGGAAUCGGGAAGUACAGAAAGACAACAGUUCUGUUCCUGGAGGAAGAACACUGUGGAAGAACAAAGGAAACAGCAGAACAGCUUCCCCUACACUGGUGUUCAGGAGUUGUCAGAGGAAAAUGGAGCUUUCCAGCUUGCCUACCAAGGCAAAAAGGUUAAAACCUCUGAGCGCAAGCAAUGUUCAGUAGCAGUGCCUGAUCAAGGUGAUGGAGAGGCCAUCUGUGGAAACAGUGUGGUUCCUGCUCUCUGUGAGUCUGUGGUGUCUGAUGGGAAUACACAAACCCCGGCAGCUUGUGCGACGUCCUCAAAGUGGGAAAAAUUUCUCUCACGUUCUGACAACUGUAGUAAAAAUGCUGCCAAGGUCGCCUUGUCACCACAGGAGGGCAGUAGAAAGUUGGGGCUACACAGCACCACUGCAGCAGACAUCUUUAUGGCCAGUAGAUAUGCCAAACAAGCUGGAAGCGUUCUACCUCUAGGUGUAGGCACUGAGUUUAAAAAGUGCCUUGCUAGCACUGAGCAGCUCGUCUCAAAAUUGCCUAGCACCAUGCUGCCUGUCACUUGCUCAGGUGAUGAGCGUGUGUUGUUCAAAGAACCUCAUGGCUGUUUGCUGAGGGCAGGAUCCGGUGUCUCAGAUACCGCUGCAGGAAGGUGCCAUGUGGCUCACCCAGUAAUGCCUGUUUGCCCUCCUGCAACUACCCUUGCUAACUGUGACCCUGGCCUAAAGCCCUAUAGCAGUUUGCAUGAACACCUGUUCUGCACAGGGGAUGAGUUUGAUGAUGAUCUCUGAGAAGCUCUGGGCUCUUUGUCCUUGCUUUCAUGUUUGUAUCUGUACAAUUUAUUUCGUAAUGUUGAAAACUGAGGCUAGAUUUUGAACAGAGCCAUCUAUUUUUGAUUUAACCCUUUCAGAACUGCACUAUUAAAGAUGUUCACUUGCUCUACUGCUGUGUCUAGGGGAAGGGUAUGAGGAAGGGGAAGACUUUUUCUGUGCUAAGUACUAGAUUUACACAGUGGUGUCCUGCCAUGGAAACAAGACUGAAUGAAUAGAUCAGCAUAGGUAAGAACCUCAAGUCUCCCUACAGUUAGCCAAGUAUCUAUUUCUGUCUGGCACAAUUCAAUUUGUGAUUAGUUCCCUUUGCCCAUAGCAACUCUUUCUUGCAGGGCUGCACUGCAGUCUUCAACUUAAGCAACAAAGCAUUUGAUUUGUUUUCAGAAGCAUAGUCCUU